AUGUAUGACGUUUCAAAGACGACCUUAAGUCUUGCACCGAUGGACAAGCGUGCUCGAGCACAAGUACAUCAAUUGGCAAGUUGUUAUAAUUUGAUCUCCAAGUCUAAAGGAAGCGGUAAUCAUAGAUUCCCUACCCUGAUCAAGAAUUCACGUAGUGGCUUACAAGUCAAACAAGGCAGAGUCAAUGCAAUCUUACGUUCUGUUGGAGGUGCAAGUUUCGGUAAAGGCAGCAAAACGGGCGCAAAUGCUCCCAAAGAAGCUGGACGAAAAACUAAAGAACGUAUACCUUUGCCACGCAAUCAAGAAGGUGCACAAGUUGGCUUUGGCGCAGAAAGAAUUGGCCAAGAUAAUGUCGGUCAUCGUCUUCUUUCGGCUAUGGGCUGGGUGGAAGGUAUGGGUGUCGGUGCCACUCAAGGUAUGUCUGAUCCCGUUGGCGCAACAAUCAAGAUUUCAAGAGGUGGUCUUGGAUUUUAG